ACCAGUGGAGUAAGAUUGUUCUACCUGAAUCUGUUACUGGUAGAUACUCUCAUUCCUUAUCAUCAAUAAUGAUGAGUCCAGACUGUGUGUGGUUGGUGGUAGUGGGUGGGUCUGGAGCAACUGAAUGGAAAGAUGUAGGAAGAGGAGUAGAGAAACCAUUUAGUACAUAUAUCACUGAUCCUAAUAUCACAAUGUUAAUAGAACUAGUUCUCACUAAAGGUCAAUGGACAGUAAGUGAAGUACUAGAUUCUACUGAUCUUACUAAAGAGGCCUAUCAACACAAAUAUCAAUCAUUCCUUAAAACAAGACAAUGGUGGCAAGAUCGUUGUUCUAUAGUCUAUCCAACAGAAAAGGAAGUACAACAGCAGCAGUACAUACAAGUACUGCAACACGAGUUAAGAGUAUUUGAAGUAAAUAAAACCUCACUGCAGGAAGCACUCCUUGAGGCUAGUCAGCAAGGUGAUGUUACUGAUGAUACUUACACUAAGAGUCCUCCUCCUCCUGCUAGUGUUGAUGAUUCUAAAGUGAAGAGUUCAAUACAAGAAUGGAAGAACAUUACUGAAGAGAUUGAGAAAAUGAAGGCUCUUAAUGAUAAAAAGGAUAUUAUUAUAGCCAACCAGGCAGAGGAGAAGACUUUAAUUCAUG